UUUACCUUACAAUCUCUGUUGACAUUAAUACCAAAGGUGUUUGAUGGGGUUGAGGUUAGGGCUCUGUGGGCCAGUCAAGUUCUUUCACACCAAAUUCACCCCACCCAUGCCUUUAUGGAGUUUGCUAUGUGCACUGGGGUACAGCCAUGCCGGAACAGAAAAGAGUCUUCCCCGAAUUGUUCUCACAAAGUUGGAAGCAUACACUUGUGCAAAAUUGCAAGGAAGAAGGGUGGAAGAAGACCUGUCAACCCUGGCGCUGCGGAUGCUUGUCCCAAAGAAUGGAUGGAAACAGGAAUGUGCAAUCACAGAUCCCUAGGCAGGGACCACUUUACUGGUAGAACAAUGUGGAACGUUCACCUCAUUGGAAUUGUGUUUUUCCUUAUGAUUCAGCUGACUUACAGCCAAUGCCCUAAAGACUGCAAAUGCAAACGAGCCGGCCAGGUAGACUGUUUUGGAGCAGAUAUUGUUGAGGUUCCUCAUUCUAUUCCUCAGAACAUCAGAAACCUGCAGAUAAUAAACACUGAAGUCACUGAACUUAAAGAUGGUGUCUUGGCAAACAUGACAUCUCUGUUAAUUGUGAGAAUUGAAAAAAGUGAACUAUCUGUUAUAGGUGCUGAUGCAUUCAACAACCUCAUAUCCCUCCGUUACCUUAGUCUGGCCAGCAAUAAACUGCAAGAACUGUCUGGAAGUUUAUUUAAAGAUCUAGUGAAACUGGAAACUCUUAUUCUGUCAAACAACAUGAUUGGUCAAAUUCAUCCUUCUCUGUUUGCUUCACUGGUUAAUGUGAAGGAGCUCAGUUUAUUAGGAAACAAUAUCCGUUCCAUACCGAGGGGAGCUUUUGAUCAGAUGAGUGGACUUUUGAAGCUGAAUUUAGCUAAAAAUAAUCUUACAAGUCUACACCCCAAAACCCUGGAUAAAGUAACUAAGCUUCAAACCUUUCGAGCAUAUGAAAAUCAGCUAAAGGAUAUCCCUGAAGGUUUACUGCAAACACUUACAAGUCUAGAAGAAGUUGCGCUGCAAAGUAAUCAGAUAAGUCAAAUAUCUGCUAAUAUGUUUUACAACAACCCAAAUUUACAAAAAAUUUACUUAUCAAACAACAUGAUUACAUCAUUACCCCAAGGCUUAUUGGUAAAUGUGCCAGAACUGUCCAAAGUAACUUUAUUUGAAAAUGCCAUAAAAUACAUUUCCACUGGAGUGUUUGGGCCAAUGCCAAAAUUAAAAGAACUUUGGUUGUAUGAUAACCGUCUUGAAGAACUGGUGGAUAACGCCUUCUCCAAUUUAACACAAAUACAAUUGUUAAUUAUAUCUAGAAAUAAAAUCCAAUCUAUCUCUGCCAAUGCUUUUAAUGGCCUAGACGAGCUCCUGGAACUUUCACUACAUACCAAUACACUUUCCACCUUAAAUGAAGACGCCCUACAGAGCUUGUCCAAGCUGCAAAAUAUCUCUCUUCACAGCAAUAGGAUUGAUCAUCUUCCUGCUGGGUUAUUUAGAAACAUGAACUCUUUGGUGACCAUACAAUUGCAAAACAAUUCUCUAGAGAGUCUGCCAGAGGAAAUUUUUGGCAGUCUAGCACUUGUUAAUGAAGUAAGGCUUUUUAAUAAUCCAUGGAAAUGUGAUUAUCACAUUCUUCCUCUAAAGAAUUGGAUUGCUCAUAAUAUGGCAAAACUUGGAAACCAAAGCCAACUUGUCUGUGCCAACUCUCCCCUUGUAGGUAUACAAAUAGCAGAGCUAACUGAAGACCAACUAUCGUCUUUGAUACCUACAGUGGAACCAGAAUUGGAUGAAACAACUAUUUUUGAAGAUAUUAGUAGUGUCCAUACUGAAGAGCCCAAGGUUACUAGCACAAGUACAAAUACAACACAUUCUGACGAUGAUGAUGAUGGUAGUAUUGUGGAUACCACAGGUGCAGACAUAAUCACUGACGAAAAAGAACGUCAUGGAAGUAGGCUGAUUGGCGUUGUUGUGACAAUAAUUGUUUUGUGUUGCAUAGCAAUUAUUUGUACAGUCAUUGCUUGUGUAAUAUAUCACAGAAAAAAGAAGAACCAUGUUGUACUCAUGAGAAUGAAACAGCAAAACCAAGCAUGAAGGAACUUGUAUCGGAUCCUUGACCCUUGGACCUUAAAGCAGACAAUGUCACCUAUUUUUCAUUUGGUUGAGGCAUUUAAGAUAGUAGUGAUCAAAGCAAGUUUCCCUCGAGCAAAUCAUUUGGAUAAUACGAAAAGCACCACAAUGGUAAUGAAUAUGCUGGUAAGAACCAUUAUCAUCUGUGAAUUCAUUCUUACCAGCUCAUGGCUUGCACACAGCUGUCCUACAGUGUGUAACUGUUUUAAUGGAGUCCAAGUUUUCUGUUCCAGUUACCAAAUGAUAAAUAUUCCAAAUGACAUUCCAGUCAACGUCACUGACCUCAUGUUUUUGGAUACAUCAAUAUCUCUUUUGAACAAUGCAUCCUUCACACGUUACAAUGGCUUAAAAAAAUUACUCUUUGUCAAGAAUAAUAUAGGAUCCGUCCAUCAGAAUGCAUUUCAUGGACUCUCACACCUCACCAACUUGGAGGUUUCAGCCAAUCCAUUGUCUGUGAUAGAGCCUGGAACAUUUGAUGAACUAACCGAACUUCAAAACCUCAUUCUAACAUACAAUUCAAUUACAACUCUCCCAUGUGAUCUCUUCAAAUACACAACAAAAUUAGAAGUGCUUGCUUUACACGGAAACAACAUCUUACAAUUCUGCCCCAAAUUAUUUAGUCAUCUGAAGAAACUUCAUGAGCUGAACAUUGGUUCUAAUGAAAUUAAGAAACUAUACGUUGAGUCUUUUAACCAAUUGCAAAAUCUAAGGAUUCUGAAACUAAACAACAACAACAUAACACAAAUACCCCCAGGAAGCUUUGACAAUCUAAGCAACCUUACUGAGCUAUCCCUGGAUGGAAACAAGUUAAGUAGGAUAUUUAAGUUCACCUUUGAAAAAAUGACAUCUUUGAAAAAGCUCAGUCUUGUUAAGAACUCUCUUAAGGAAUUCAAUUCUAAUAUUUUUUCAACACUUUAUAAUCUUAAAUGGCUUUCUAUAGAAGGAAACCAAAUAACUACUCUGCCUGUUGGGGUUUUUGAUGGACUGGAAAACUUAGUUAAUCUGCUGCUGGGUGAAAAUCAACUGCAGACCAUCCCAAAAGGUAUUUUUUCAAAGUUAAACAAUUUGGAAACAUUAGGUUUGUCUUAUAAUGAAAUUGAAAGCUUGGAAGACGACGCUUUUGAAGGACUCGAGUCCCUCACACACCUUUAUCUUGACAACAAUUGUCUAAAAGUUAUUCAGGGAAAUAUUUUCAAAAAUAUGACCAGGCUAUUAGUUAUUAGUCUUCAUCACAACCGACUAAGAGUGCUCCCCGAAGGUAUAUUUGAUCCCAUACUUAACCUGGUAUCACUAAUUCUGCAUAAUAAUCAAUGGUGGUGUGACUGUUCUUUUUCUCAUUUACUAAACUGGAUCAAAGACAACAGAGAUAUUACUCACAUUUCGGAAAUUAUUUGUGAAGGACCAGAACACCUCAAUGGAAAAUCAAUGAAUCUCUUAAAAAAUCGGCAGCUGAAUUGCCCUGCAACUGAAAAAGUUUUACAUAACCCGUCAUUUAGGAUACAAGAAGCAGUCCUCACAAAUGGUCUUGAAGAUAAGGAGAGCAUCAACCAUGGUAGCUGCAAGAGCUAUUCAACUAUUAAUGGAAGAAUCAUUAUUGAUUGUAGCCUUAUGGUCUGUUCAGGCAUUAAUGUCAAUAUUUCUACAAUGGAUGAAUCCAAUACAACAUUAAUCAGUCACAGAUACAUUAAAAGUGGUUCUCAAUGUGAAACCACAAACCUAAUGUUUACAAUCACAGCAACAUGA